AUGUUAAUUGAAGUUGAACAUUGGUCUGGUGCUGGAAAUCGUUUUGUUAUUGUUGAUAAUCGAAAAAAUACAAUAGAUAAUCAAUGGAAAAAUCUAGUUAAUAGUUUAUGUAAACGAAAAAAUCAAGAUGAUGCUGAAGGUCUUCUUGUUUUAAUUGAAAUAAAUAAAAAUAAAUCAAUAUGUAUUUAUGAUUUUUAUAAUCCUGAUGGUUCAACAGGAGUUAUGUGUGGUAAUGGAGCACGAUGUGCUGUUCGACAUGCUGAUUUAAUAGAACAUUUUUCAAAUAAUAAUAUUGAAUUAAUAUUAAAUGGUUGUUCAUAUAAAACAAGACUUAUUGAUAAUGAUCGUGUUGCUAUAGAAUUACCUUUAUAUAAAGAAUUACGUUUUAUUGAUGAUUGGACAUAUAUUAAUGUUGGCAGUCAUCAUAUUAUUAUUGAUGCUUGUUAUUUAGUUAAAACAAUUGAAGAUUUUCAUUUAUUUGAUUUAAUAUUAUUUGCAAAUCAAUAUUUAAAUAUUUAUCGAAAUAAAGUUGGAAUUUAUUCACUAAAUCUAAAUUUAGCUUAUCUUAAUAAUGAUAAAACAAUUAUUUAUUUACGAACAUAUGAAAAUGGUGUUUUUAAUGAAACACAAGCAUGUGGAACAGGUGCUGUUAGUACAGCUAUUGCUUUUUGGAUGAAAUCUAUUAUUCGAAAUAAAACAAUUCAAUUAAUGCCAAUAAGUCAAAGAUUAUUAACAGUACAUUUAAAUAUGGAUGAAAAACAAGAACAUUUAUUAGGAAUGACUUUAGAAGGUGAUGCUAGACAAGAUGCAUCUUCAACUAUAUUUGAUACAACUUCUUCCAAAUAUUUAUAA